UGAGAUCACUGAGUUCAACCUGUAACCAAACACCACCGUGUGAAACAGACCAUGGCACUGAGCCGUGUCCAGUCUUUCCUUGGACACCUCCACCGAGGGUGACGCCACCACCUCCCUGGGCAGUCCAUCCCAAUGUCCAAUUCCUCCUAAUGUCCAAUCUAAACCUCCUCUGGCACAUCUUAAGGCUGUGUCCUCUUGUUUUGUCACUGGUUGCCUGGGAGAAGGGGCCAAUCUCCAGCUGGCUACACCUUCCUUUCAAGGAAUUCUAGGGAGAGAAGGUCAGUGAGGCUCCUUUUCCCCAGGCUAAACAAGCCCAGCUCCCUCAGCCACUCCUCGCAGGACUGGUGCUCCAGACCCUUCAUCAGCUUCCUGGCUUUUCUCUGGACUCACUUUCAGCACUUUAGAGCUGCAGAAGAAGUCCUAGGUGACAACAAGCAAAGCCAAGAAUAAGAAUAUCCAGCCUUGAAUCCUGUCCCUAAGUGUAACCGCUAAACCAGAUUUCCUAGGCACUAAGCGAGGGUCCCGGGAGCAUCACAUGAAACAACUCAAGCAGCAGCUGCUGAAAAGCAGAAAUACACGUGUCCUUCCUUUCCCGGCCUCGCCCGUGCCCUGUCCUCCUCAGAGUCCAGCCACAUUCCCACGCCCGCGCCGCUCUCCGGAGGCGGCACAAGAUGGAGGCGGCAGGGCGAAGCCUUAGGAACUGCGGAGAGCGGCCGCGGGCUGCUGGACGGAGCGGGAGCACAAGCAGCACCACGAAGGGAACGGCCGGGAAAAACCCCGAGGGGCGCGUUUGUCUCCGGCCCUCUGUACACACUGUGAAGUGAGAAGGACCCUCCAAAGUGAAAUGUCCAUGCUCAACUUGGUGAAGGCACUGAUAUUCUGAAGCAUGGCUACCGGAGUGAUUCAUUUUCCAGCCUGCAGUUUGUGUUUAAAGAGUGAAGAUCCAGUGCCUGCAUAUAUUGGUCGACAAUGGAGGGCUCAGCAGCGCCUGGAGGCUCUUCAGCGCCUUGCUGUAGGUCAGUCUUCUCCUCAUCUGCCUCGGGUUGUGUAUGAAGAUCCUGAAGUUAAUGGAAGGAAUCGCUACAAAUAUUUUACACGGCCUCUCAGCUUUUCUAGGCUGCUUCCAGCAGGUGUUCCAGAAGCUGCUGCUGAUACAAAGAAAGGGAGAGAGUCGCGUACCCUGUCAGCUGCAGAGGAUGCAGCGGAUGCAGGGGAUGCAGGGGACAGCCAGGUCCUCAGCCUCUUGUUCCGAACCCUGGGGACACAGACAGAUUACAGGGAUGGUGAAGCACAGACAGAUCCCUAUUCCCCUGAAUAUAUAGUCCGCAGUGGCUCAGUCCCUGAAAUUCUGGCACUUGCUACACUCACUUGGGGUCGGGGGCUGCCAGCAGGACAAGCUGAAAUGGAGAUUAUUGACCGUAUCCGGGAAAAACGCGCUUGGGAAGCAGCCCUGCCACCCAUGGACAGUCCUUCAAACAUUGCAAAGAGGUUGAAGAUGAUGGAGGCUAUGGAAAGGAAGGAGUGGGCCUAUAGAGAAGCGGAAAUAGAUAAGUUGCAGAAGGUUCAAAUGGAAGCCUUUAAGAAGCUGCUGCAGAGGCGAGAGGAGAAUCGGAAUGAGCUGAAUGCCAUGCGCUUGAACGACCACUGGGAAAAUCAUCAGAAGGCUAAAGAAGAGAAAAUGAGAAAGAUUCAGCAUGACUGUGCAUUGAUGCUCAGGAAACUGAUAGCUAAGAGGAAGAAUUGGAUGGGAAAGCUGGAGAGACGAGAUAUCAUCAGAGAGUAUAAAGACUUUGGAUCACAAACAUAUGCUCCUUUGUCUCGAAUUGGCUUUUUCCCAGACAACAAUUUUGACUACUAUGCGGUAAAAAACUACUAUCUUAACACCUUUGCAGGAUUGUGUGAACUGGAAAAAUCUGCCCCGCCUUCUUUCUUCCCGAUCAAGAUUAAAGCUCCAAAACCUAAAUGCCAUAUCACUAAGAGUGGCUAUAUUAAAAGGUCAGGAAGACUAGAGGUAGUCCUGAAACAAGUUCACGAGGAACUUCUGGAGAAGAAAAAAGCCAAGGAGCCAAAGAAGCCUCCCCCUGUCUGUGAAAAAGUAGAAAGCCCUGUUCCUAAACCACCCACUCUAAUCCUGGAAAAACCAUCAAUUGAGGAAGAGGAAAUAGACCUGGCAGUGAUCUGUCUGCAGAAGUUGCUCCGAGGCAGGGCUCUUCAGAACAUGAUAUUUGAAGGGAAGGAGAGGAACCUGGAUCUGAUCCAAGAGCUGCGCACCACUCACGCGCUCCAGGAGGAUGGACAGCUGCUCGUGAAGGCACAGAAGCAAAUGACACUGUCCUUACAGCGACAGCAUGACUCACAAAUGAAGCAGCUGUCAGCACUGGAAAGAGACUUGGCCACGGUAGAAGGAAGGGCACUGGCGAACAUGCUUGAUUUUCUGGCCAAAGAGCUGGUGAGGCUGCAAGAGGAGCAGAAGAUCCAUGCUCUGCUCAUGCUGGCUGAGAGGCAGAGGAGGAUGCAGGAAGCCGAGGAGAGCGGCCGGCGGCAGCUGGAGGAGAGCCGGCGGCACGAGGAAGAUGAGCUUUUCAGACAGGUGGUGGAUGUUCAGGAGAGAACUAUUGACACCUACUUGGAAGAUGUUAUCCUGAGUAGCAUGGAGAGGACAGCUGAAGAGCAAGCCAGGGAAGAGGUUCAGAAAAGGGCUGUAGAAAUCAAUGACAUUGCUUACGAAAUGGAGAGUCGUCGAACUCGCCUACAGUCAGAAGAGAUUGUAGCAGAGCUGGUUUAUAAUUUCCUGAUCCCAGAAGCUGAGAAAAACUUUAUGAGAGAAAGAGUGAGGCAGUCCCAAAGAAAACACAUCUAUGCUGCUCAUCACAUCAUCCACAGGGGCACAGAGAGGGCUCUGGCUCAUCUGGCACUGCAUCAGGAGACACCUGCCACUGAGAGAGAGGAGGAUUCUCCUGCUGGGACAGCUGCUGGACCAAGUGCAGCUGACAGCACUCACCCUGCCACAGUUGCACGUGAACUUGGACAAGACUUCCACAAGGAUCCCACAGCCUCCUAGGAGAGAAGAUGAGUGAGGGCACCCUGAAUGGAAAACCGUCUCUCUCCCUUGGGCUGUCCCUCCUGCUGCCUGCCAGCAGUGUUGUCCUGGAAUCAUUCUGUAUCCAUUUUGGUGUGGCAGCUCCCUCCAGUUGUCCCUCCCCAACUUGCUUUGGAUUUCGUUAGCUAAUUUUUCUGUUCUGAUUAUUUAGAGAAGCUUGAGUGAGAAAGCAGUGUUAGCAUUCCUUGUUUGUUUUCCUGGCACAGACCAAUAAAAAUCUGCACCUGGGCUUUUGGUGUUAUUUCCUUGCUUCAAUAACAUUAAAUGAAAAAAUAGUCCAUAAGUGGGAAAUUUUGAGUUGAGACCAUCCACAGACAAGCGUGUCCCGCUGAUUUCCUUAGUGGUUUAAGACCCAGGGGCUUCCUGCAUUAGCACUGCUAUUAAUAAAGCACAGGAGCUGAACAAAACCGGUCAGAUUUUGUAUCAUCUUUUCACAUCAUUAGUCCUUGAAGAAAGAAAAGGUGCCCCUGACCUCAUCAGGGUGGUUUCUGACAAGCAGGCAGUGUCUGGCACAAACCGAGGUGAUAGCAGGAUGACACAGGCAUGGCGGGGCUGAUGCAUUUUCCAGAAGUGUUCCUCUUCGGGCUGACUGCUUCUUGCUUUUAUCACUGCAAAGAGCACUUCUG